AGAAGCGGAAAAAAAUAUAGACAAAACUACCUAAGACGCUCUAGUAAAAAAGAUAAAGGCCGCCGCGUUCUAGCCUACCGUAGUACUCGACUACGAAAAAGUACUAAUUUUAUAAUACUCGAGCUAAUAUCCUAUAAAGGCAAAUCGACAAUUAGCGGUAUUAAAGUUAAUAUAGAGUAUUAUUACGUUAUAUUAAAAGAAUAUAAUAUCUAUAUUAAGGAUAAUAGGAAACUAGUCGUAUUAGCGAUAUCGGAUAUUUAA